AUGGCGGCGACAUCUGCGCGGAAGAAUGCGGCCUCCCAGAAAGGUGCCCCUGCUUUAACGGCCAGUCAGACCGGCGCUGAUGUCGUUCGGACCCAACCUGGUAAGAAGAAGCAGAGCUAUGCAUCAGAGGGAGUCACAGACAACGAUGUGUUCUUGUUACCUAUGAGCGACUACCAGGUCAUGGCGCUGCUGACCCUGCUCGCUGCGGUGGUGCGCUUGUUCCGGAUCUACCAGCCUACCAGUGUCGUUUUUGACGAGGUCCACUUUGGUGGUUUUGCGACAAAAUACAUCAAGGGCAAAUUCUUCAUGGAUGUCCACCCUCCUCUGGCCAAGCUCCUCAUCACUCUUGCUGGCUGGCUGGCCGGCUUCAAUGGUGACUUCGACUUCAAGGAUAUCGGAAAGGAUUACCUCGAGCCCAAGGUGCCGUACGUGUCGAUGCGCCUGCUACCUGCCAUCCUCGGAGUCCUCACCAUUCCAACCAUGUUUUUGACGUUGAAAGCAUACGGGUGCAGGACAGUCACGGCUUGCUUGGGCGCAGCACUCUUGAUCUUUGAAAAUGGCUUGGUUACACAAUCCCGCUUGAUUCUUCUCGAUUCGCCUUUGGUCAUAUGCACCGCCUUCACCGCUCUGGCGUGGGUAUGUUUCACAAAUCAAAAUGAGCUUGGCCCCGAACGCGCCUUUGAUGCUAGUUGGUGGUUCUGGCUUGCGGCUACCGGUCUCGGCCUGGGUGCAACUGUCAGCGUCAAGUGGGUUGGUCUGUUCACCAUCGCCUGGGUCGGCAGCUUGACCCUUCUUCAGCUCUGGGUCUUGCUUGGUGACAGCGUGAACGUACCUCCCAGAAGGUGGGCUAAGCACUUUUUUGCACGUGUUUUCUGUCUCAUCGUCAUCCCGGUUGCAUUCUACGUCGGCAUGUUCGGUAUCCACUUCCUCUGCCUGGUCAACCCUGGAGAUGGAGAUGGUUUCAUGUCCUCCGAAUUCCAGGCAACACUGAACAACAAGGGCAUGGCCGACACUCCCGCGGACGUCCUCCUCGGGAGCGAGGUAACUUUGCGACACCACAAUACUCAAGGUGGCUAUCUCCACUCUCACCCUCACAUGUACCCUGCGGGCAGCAAACAGCAGCAAAUCACCCUGUACCCUCACAAGGACGAGAACAACAUCUUCCUUCUUGAGAACCAGACUCAACCUGUCACUCCAGACAAUGUCACCGUUACCGGUCCCCAGGCAUGGGGCAACUUGACCGAGCCCAUCAAGGACGGCGACGUGAUUAGGCUGUACCACCUCAUGACCCACCGUCGAGUCCAUUCUCAUGAUGUUCGACCUCCUGUAACCGAAGCCGAGUGGCAGCAAGAAGUAACAGCUUACGGCUAUGAAGGAUUUGAAGGCGAUGCCAACGAUUUAUUCCGCGUCGAGAUUGUCAAGUCUAUGUCCGAUGGCGAUGAGGCGAAGAAGAGACUCAGAACGAUCCAGUCCAAGUUCAAGCUGGUGCACGUCAUGACUGGCUGCGUGCUUUUCUCGCACAAGGUGAAAUUACCCGACUGGGGCUUCGAGCAGCAGGAGGUUACCUGCGCUAAGGGCGGCACUCUUCCCAACAGCGUGUGGUAUAUCGAGCAGAACCACCAUCCAAUGCUGAAUGAAACUGCCGAGAAGGUCAACUACAGGCACCCUGGCUUCCUAGGCAAGUUCUGGGAACUACAGAAGGUCAUGUGGAGAACGAACGCCGGCUUGGUCGAGACACACGCUUGGGACUCUCGUCCAGGUUCGUGGCCCAUUCUCAGACGUGGCAUCAAUUUCUGGGGCAAGGACCAUCGCCAGGUCUAUUUGCUGGGCAACCCGGCCAUCUGGUGGCCCUCCACUUUGGCCAUCUUGACCUAUGUGGUCUUCAAGGCACUCUCCGUCCUCCGCUGGCAACGCAGCUGCAACGACUACUCCAACAUCAACUUCAAGCGGUUCGACUACGAAGUCGGCCAGACGGUUCUGGGAUGGGCAUUCCACUACUUCCCCUUCUACCUGAUGGCCAGACAGUUGUUCCUACACCACUAUUUUCCGGCACUCUACUUUGCCAUCAUGGCUAUGUGCCAGAUCUUCGACUUUGUCUUCAAUCGCAUCUCCCUUCUUGGACUAAAGAAGCGACCUGAGUUUGCCUGUGGUGUCGCGGUCGCAUUUGUAGCAUUCGCCAUUGGUGUUUUUACCUUGUACGCUCCUCUGAUUUACGGCAACCCGUGGACACAAGAACAAUGCAGAGCUGUCAAGCUGUUUGAUACCUGGGACUUUGACUGCAACACCUUCCAUACUGAUUAUGCCAACUAUUCAACACCACUUCCUCCACCAUUUGGAGACGCAACACCCACAGUUCCGUCGGUCCAGAUCGACUCUGAGCGUAAAGAUACACUUGGAGCCGCGAUUUCUCAGCAAAUCGGCGAAGGAAGAGUGAUAGAGCAAGAGGAAAAGGUCGAAUAUCGCGAUCAGGAUGGGAAUUUGCUGAACGAGGCGCAAGUCCAAGCGCUUUUGGCGGAGGGCAAAGCGUCAUUCCAGACCAAGUACGAGACGCGGACAAAAUUGGUGGAUGAGCAAGGCAAUGAGAUCAACCCAUCGGACGUCGCGCCACCUCAUCCAGAUGUAGAAGGUCAGAACCCGCAAACGAAGGGAGUCCCAGAAGAGCAAGCCAAUAAGUCGCCAGCUGAAGCCGAAGCAGGAGGAUCGGCGAAGAAGGAUGUCGAUGAGGGCAAGGCCAAACCCGCGAGUGAUGCGAGCGAGGCGACGAAGUAA